UAAAAGCACCUCCCUUCCCUUCGAUCCCCUCAAACACCACCGUCUCCCCUUCGCCUUCUCUCUUAAGGUUUCUCGACUCGCACCACCCAGCCAUCCCAAUCUCUCCGGCCACCGGAUCGAUGGCGGACACGGCUGGGACGGCGGAGAGGAAGCUCACGCUGAAGAGCGCCGACGGCGAGGAGUUCGUGGUGGAGGAGGCGGUGGCGACGGAGUCGCAGACCAUCAAGCACAUCGUGGAGGAUGGCUGUGCCAACAACAUCAUCCCCCUCCCCAACGUCAACGCCAAGAUCCUUGACAUGGUCAUCAAGUACUGCAGGCAGCACGUCCAGAAUCGCGGAGGCGACGCCGCCGACCCCACCGCAAAGGCCUCCGAGCCGGACCUCAAGACCUUCGACGAUAAGUUCAUAGACGUCGACCAGCAAAUCCGCUUCGACCUCAUCCUGGCUGCGAACUACCUGAACAUCAAGGGGCUGCUGGACCUGACCUGCCAGAAGGUCGCUGACAUGAUGAAGGGGAGGACUGUAGAGGAGAUCCGCAAGACCUUCGACAUCAAGAAUGACUUCACCAAAGAGGAAGAGGAGGAAGUUCGGAAGGAGAACCAAUGGGCCUUCGAAUGAAGGUCGAGUGGCGACAACUAAAGAAACAACUAUCUCGUAAUGCAAAUGACCAGCAAGGAAGGAAACCCGGCUUCGUUAAUGCCUGGGAGCAGCCGUUGUGGUUCGAAACUAUGCUAGUAAUAAGCUAUAAGUACAUUGUUCUGGUUCCGGUCAAUCUGGGAGGUUUACCAUUUGGUUGACUUCGUUAUCUUUUGUUUGGUAGUAUUUUGCUGCACUCUUGAACUUGGUUAUGAGUUUGGUGCUGGUUGCUAGUUAUUCUGCAACUAGUGCUAGUUCUAAUCUAUCG